AUGAAGCCAAUUUCUGACACGCGAAAGCCCUAUAGUGGCUCAUCGCGUGCACUCAUCAUUGCUCUAGACGUCGGAACCACUUUCAGUGGUGUAUCAUAUGCCCUCCUCGAACCAGGCGAGGUCCCAAAAAUUCACGGUGUCACUCGUUUCCCUGGUCAAGAACAUGUAGCUGGAAACUCAAAGAUUCCCUCCAUCAUGUAUUAUGACAAGCAUGGCAGAGUCAUGGCCGCAGGUGCCGAAGCCGACAAUGCCUCCAUAAUCAGUCAGGCCGAAGACGAGGAAUGGAUCAAAACGGAACUUUUCAAGCUUCGCCUCCGGCCGAAAACCAUGAAAUUGAAAAUGAACGGGAUGCGUCUAAGUCCGCUGCCACGCCAUAAAACUCCCGUCGAUGUUUUUGGAGACUUUCUUGCUUAUCUCUUCCGCUGCACGAAGAGUUUUAUCAUAGACACGCAUGCCAACGGUCAGACCUUGUGGCACCAUGUCGAAACCAGCAUCGAAUUCGUCUUGAGCCAUCCCAACGGCUGGGAGGGCGCUCAGCAGACGAAGAUGCGACGCGCCGCCGCACACGGUGGUUUAAUUCCCGAUACAGACGAAGGUCGAGCGCGGAUCCGUUUCGUUACAGAAGGAGAAGCAAGUCUCCACGCGUGCGUUCAGAGCGGUCUCGCGGCCGACAAUCCAUCCAGGCACGGAUUCCUCGUAGCUGAUGCAGGUGGUGGCACGCUUGAUAUCAGUUCGUACGCAGUCCGAGGAACAAAUCCCUUGGUAAUCGAGGAGGUAGCUCCUCCUGAUUGUGAGAAUGCGGUGACGCGUAUAUUUGCCGGAUCUGUGUUCGUCAGCCGAAGGGCAAGGGAAUUCCUCGAAGAGAAGCUCAGAGGUUCCAAGUACGGUACUCCAGAUUCGAUCGACCACAUCACGAAACGCUUCGAUGAGACGACCAAACGACUAUUCCGAGACAAGAAAGAACUGCAAUUCAUUCCAUUCGGAUCCCCGCUCGACAAAGAUGCUUCAGCUGGCAUCCGUGGAGGCCAGCUAAAGCUCAAUGGUGCGGAGGUGGCGGAGUUUUUCGAGCCCUCUGUCCAGGCGGCAAUAGAAUCGAUCAAAGCCCAGGUUGACGCGUCGCAAGGGAUGAUCAAAUCCGUUUGGUUGGUGGGAGGAUUCGCGGCCAGCCCAUGGCUCUUCACUCAGUUACAGGAACGCCUUGCGCCACUGAAGAUCUCUGUGAGCAGACCUGACAGCCAGACCUCGAAAGCUGUGGCCGAUGGUGCACUUGGCUUUUACUGCGAUCACCAUGUUUCGGCCCGCAUGUCGAAAUUCAUGUAUGGUGUGGAGUACCUACGUGAGUAUGAUCCUAGUGAUGCGGAGCACCUGUCUCGAAGGGACAGACUUUGCGAGCUUCCUUCCGGUCCUCGGCUAUUGCCAGAUGCAUUUGACUGUAUUCUUGCUCGGUGUGUGAAGGUUAAGGAAUCCACGGUAUUCUCGCGGAAAUAUUGCACCGAACUCACGAAUCUGUCAACCCUUUCUGUAUUUGAGGUGGAGAUAUGGUGCUAUAGAGGUGGUGACACGAUUCCGCAGUGGAUUUUACGCCACGCAGAGGAUUAUUCGACUUUGUGCGUAGUCCGGGCCGAUCUAUCGCUUCUCAGUGGAAGUGCGGAGCCUAAACAUGGCAAGAACGGCAAAACAUAUUGGACGAUCGUGUUCAGUGUCGAGAUCCACUUUGGUCUCACCGAGUUCAAAGCGCGGAUAAAGUGGAAUGACAACGUGCGUAAUUUCCGUGUAUUUUUGUCACGUGUCCUGAGUCGAUUAUGA